GAAUUUUGACAGACACCGUUUGGACAAGUCGAAGAAGGCGGUGAUUUGAAAAUGGCAGCAACUCAGGAAUUGUCGGAUGAAGAGGUGUUGGAUUUGAGCAAUCAGGGCUUGAAGAAGUUGUCCAAACCAUCAGCAACACAAUCAAAAGUGUCUAAAUUAAUUUUGGAUAAUAAUGACCUUACACGUUUGGACUGCAUUGACUCAUUCACAGCUGUAAAACAUCUCUCUGCAGCCCGCAAUGGUCUUCUUCGCAUGUACAAUGUGACACGAUUACAUCACCUGGUUUCUCUUAACCUAGCACAUAAUGGAAUACUUACGAUAGAAGGCUUGAAAGAGGCAACACAUCUUAAAUGGCUUUGCCUUGCUGCCAAUAACAUCAAGACAAUAGAGCACCUCAAUACUAACACCCUGUUGGAGUAUAUUGACCUAUCGGAAAAUAACAUCUCUUUCAUCACAGAUUUGUCAUAUUUGACAAGUCUUAAGACACUGCUGCUGAACAGCAAUAAAAUUGGUCACUUGCACUCAUGUGACAAGUUCUUACCAGUGGGCUUGGACACUUUAUCAUUGGCUGCCAAUAACAUAACAGAUCUUAAUCAAGUUUCAUUCUUGGUGAAUUUAAGAGACCUUCGUCAACUAUCAAUUGCAAAUAAUCCAUGCGUUGCUAUGACAGGAAGCAAUGUUGGGUUUGACUACAGACCAUUUCUCAUUAACUGGUGCAUGGGUUUGAAAGUGAUUGAUGGUUUCAUGGUGAAUGAAAUCGAAAGCUUGAAAGCAGAGUGGCUAUACUCACAAGGACGUGGUCGACAGUUCAGACCUGGUGAUCAUGAAUCCUUAGUUGCAUAUUUGGCCAACACUUGUCCUCUUGGUGGUGAAAGCUUAGAGACCGAAGAAGAUAGGAAGCUCCGACUGAUUCUCAGCAAAGCUCAGCAUCACCAACAGCAACUAAAGCAACAGCAAACGGAUGGGCCACUCCAGCGCUCAUCCUCUGUUUCCCCCUUCACUCGAAGGCGCACUUCAAACUCUUACAACAGGUCCAGUCUGAAUAGGGGGCGUAGAAGAACCUACACACCUGACCGGAUGACCUCUAGUUUUCAUAGUGAGCUGCCUAGCUCAGGAUCAGAGAUGUCACCCCUCAUGACGCAAUCCCUUGACUUAUCCCUCUUUAAUUCAUCCGAUAGUGAAGAUUCCAGACGUAAAUUACCCACCCAGCUUGUACCUCAGGAUGAAGAUUCUCCAUUACACUCUGCAACGGAGAUGAUACCAGUUCCAGACUCUCUUCUCAGCCCUGAGUUUCGGCCCAUUGAAAUGAUUCCGUCGGGGACUCCUGCUCAGACGCCUGCAACACCUGCAACUCCGGCUACGCCUUCUCAUCCUUUGGCCAAAAAGGGGAUUGCCCAGCCUCUUGCCUCUGGCUUGCCUCGUCCCAGUUCAGGAAGAUCCACCAGCCGUCUUCCUGUUAGAGGUGGUGGUGUACCCAUUCCAGCUCCACCAUUACCUGCUCCAGGUGGCUGCCUAGACGAUUCCAGUACCAGCAGACAGGCAGUAUCACUUGGUACACCUUUUGAGCAGCCUGAAACACCUUCAAUGGAAGCCCAUUUCCAGACUCAAAAAAUCACCACAGGUUUUGCAGGGGAAUCUCAUUUGGAGCGACAAAAUUUAGAAAGGCAAAAUGGAAAACUUCGGGAUGAUUCCCUACCAAGACAAGGUGGAGACAGGGCAGACACAAGGGAAGCAGCACAUAAUGAUGUGAAUGGUACGGAGCAACCUAUUCCUACCACUAGGAGCAGCGACAAGGUUCCACCCACCCCUCCAAAGCCCAUGCAGAGGUCGGAAGUCAAGAGGCCUACCAGUCUUGGUAAUUACUGUUUUGGUAGCCAUGGUAGCCAUGGUUUUGGUAGCCAUGGUAGCCAUGGGAAAGGGUUUUAUUUCAGUUUUAUAGAUUUGGUUUCAGAUUUGCCUUUUCACUAUGGCCAAACCUCAAUUAAUGGUCGAUCUGAAGUAAAUUUUCUUGUCUCCAAUGUGGAGGGGCAGAAAUGUGCUGCCACCAACAUUCAGCGGAUCUGGAGAGGAUAUCAAGCCCGUAACUUGGAUCCAAGAGUAGUAAAAGUCAGCCGGUCUCUUCAGGACAAACGCACUCUGGAACAUAUUAGGAAACUUACUGAAGAUUUAGAGGGCACCAAGACUGCUCUAGAAAGUGAAAGAAGAUUGCAGCUUCUUCAAAUGCAAGCUAUUAGUGCUCUUUGGAAAAAAGUAGUUGCACUACAGCAAAGUGGAGCAGCCCAGCCCAUAUUGCCCAAUAUGACAGCUGCAGAUUUAAUUGGAAGUGAACAGGUUACUUCAAGUAACAGUGCAGAAUGUAUUCGUAAAUUAACACACAGUUGUCUGCACCUGCACACCCAGGUCGCUGAGUUGCAGCAAUCAAUGCAAGAAGUCACAUCAGUUCUUGGAUUGACAUAUCGCCAAGGUCAAAUCCCAAGAGUUUCGCUUGCAACUCAAACAGAUUUGAGUGCGGUACAUACUCCAUCCGAAGCAAUUAAUUUUCCAUUUCAAAAAGACUCAUCAGCUCCUUGCAACCCAGAAACAUUGCAGAGGCCAGCAUCUGCAACAUCUGAUAGCGUACCAUCUGAGAGAGUACCUCACAGACCGUCAAGCCUGCUUCUUAAUGCUCCUCACCCUCCAUCUAGGCGGCAGACACCUCCUCAAUUAAAUCAUUUUGCAAAUUCACUUUUGGAUGGUGUCUUAAAAACUGUUUCAUCUGCUGAGCCUGGCAAUGAGACCACCACUACAGCUGAGGGCUGCGCAAAGCAGGAAGCAACUUUAGAAAGUGGAAAGUAAGUGGACCAAGAAUUGGAAUGUUUCCACAAUUUGAAAAAGGAGAAGAGUUGUAUUGACUGGUUGAGAAUAACCAGUUAAUUCAGAUUGUUACACAUGAUACUCUAUCACUGUUGAAGACAAUGAAGGAUUUUAUCUGUCAAUUUUUGCAGAGCAUGUUUCGUCUGAAAUGUCUCUUGUAGUCAAUGAGAUCAACUAUAUUUAUUCUUGUGUGAUAUUGAAGAUUAGUUUUAUAAAUUUUCUUUGGCUUGUGCCUGUUAAUUGUUAUGGAUAUUUUGCCACAUCUCCAUUUUGAACAAAACUCAACAGGCUGGGUAUCUGAUGUAUCUGGAUGUAGAAGGAUUUAGGAAGUUGUUGAGCUUUUGAUCUAUAGUACCGGAAUCCUUGUAGGCAAGCUGUUGCAUUUCUCAAAGUUGAACCCUGCUGUGUACUGUGAGAAAUUUAAUACUCUUUUUCUUUUAUUUGUAUUUGUAAUUUGUUUGCUCUCUCAUGAUUUUAUGACUGACCAUGGUAAUUUUUUAUUCGAGUACCUCUAAAAAGUAGUUACCUAACUGCAGAGAGAUCGUAGUGCUGGCCAUGCUGGCCCAGCCAAUCACAGACGGGAGUUGCACUAGGUCUUCUCUGCAAUUCUUACAAUUUGACAGCCUUUGGACAUGUUCCCCCUCCCCCCCCCUUUUCUUUGUCUGCUCAAAUUUAUCUCAAUAAAAUAAGUGAGUUGCAAGUAAAGUACAUAAAUUUGUUUGUGAUCAAUGAAAAUGAAAUGUUUAUUCUGAUGGGAUUUUUACUUUUAUUUUUGUGAGUUUGUGAAAGUCUGUUCUAGUUAAUGAACCAAGAUUGUCAUACUGAUAAAAAAAAACAGUUUGUGUGAUCAAAUUAUUUGCAAAACUUUGCCUCCUUAAGGCUGCAGAUCUCCACGCUCUUGAAUCGAAUUUCAUAUAACUACAAUUGAUCUAGUUUUCUGCCAAAGUCAUUUUGUGAUGAUCUUUUUUAUAAGGUUAACCAUAACAUGUAAGUUGUUACAGCCAGGACUAUUUUUACUGUUUGUGUUCAUCCUUUCAGCCAGCCACCCAUUGGUGCUACUGUGGCUUUAUUUUUUUAUUCUCACUUUCAUGCUGUCAUUGGUAUUUUUUUCUUUUCCUUGAAGUAAGUCAUAUUCUAUGUUUCUCCUUGUCACCAGCACAUCUUAUCUGGAAAAGUAAAUUUCAGCUGGUUCAUGAGAACUGUGUUCAAUCAAUUGACAUGCACACUCAACAGUUAGGUUUGAACAUUUGAAAAAGCUGGUUAUUGGUGCACAAAUUUAAUUUAAGAGCUUUUACCAAUGUUAUUGUAUAGAAAUGGAAGUCUUGACCUGUUUUGAAGGCUCAACUACCGGACCAACACUUCUUUACACUAAUGAGGACGCAUUCUUUGCUCUACGCAUGUGUAAAUUUUGCUGAAUGCUUUAAAUAGUUAUGGAUUUUACACAAUGGUGAGUGAAACGUAUGCAUACUAAAGGAGAAAGGGGAACUUGGUGUCACAAGAAAGAUAUUUUGAAAAGGCAGUCCUUUGAAAGUCAAAUUCUCCUAAAGCAUGAGCUAAACUUGUUGGCCCCUAUUUAUACAGUGUUGGUCAAUGGACUUCAAUUUCGUCUUUGCCAAAUCUGUAGGGGAAGUUAGAGCAGAUUCUGUUUACUUACCGGUAGAUCUUCUCUAAAAUCCCCUAAGAGAAAUUGUUGUCUGUUCACCUUAGCCUCGGGCCCAGCUUAUAGUUUAAGCAAGUUCAAUCAUAUUAUUUAUGAUAACACUAUCAGAAGAACAUCGGUUUUGUAUAUUUUUGUCGCAACUUUAUGAAUAAAUUGAGUAAACGGGUGCUUUUUUUAUGUUUUUCAUACUCCUUGCCCAGUAAUUAGAAUUUAUUUUUCUCUGCAUAAUCUGUCCUAAACAGUUAGUUGCACUCUAAAUGUUACUUCCUGCUUUUCAGGCCUGAAAUUAAAAUCUAAACCACCCUAAUAAAUGUAGGUUACUUAGUGCUGACAUAAGUACAUUUUAGAUGUAGGAUUUAUGAAGUAUGGAAAUAGAUGAUCUAGCUAACCUGUAGUGCACGUUUAUCACAACAUUGUAGGUCUUAGCUGAUAUUAGAGAUACAGAAUAUUUAGCUGAGAAAGCUAUGAGGCUAACCAUGUAGUACCGCUUUGUACUCCCAUCAAUUUUAUUUCAUCCCUCUAUUAUACCGCACUUUCAGUUUUGCUCUCGAGUUUAUUUUUAUGACAUUUGUUGAAAAUAUUUGUGCCUUUGUGUUGUCAAGAGAUUUUGUGAGGGAAGUUGCUGAGUUUACAGUUUGGCUUCUUCCUUUCCAAAUGACAGAAAAAUAAACUAAUGUUAAUUCAGUAUUAUUACUUUGAAAUAAAUGUUUUGCAGGGAUGAUCUCA